AUGGCGUCUUCCUCUCCUGAGUCGGCGCAGGCCCUCACCGUCGCCCCCAUGGCUCCUCCCUCUGAGCUCAGGACCCAUGGAUCUCUCCAGUCCGAACUUCAGGCCUGGCAAGUGGGUUUUCACAUCUACAACUUGCGUUCUUUUGAAUGCCAAAGCUUCAAGAUCUUGUUCAACCUCUGGCAUGGAGGUGGUCCAAACUAUGCCGCUGAAUUCCGUAGAUGGGAAGCAGAGGAGCAAGCACAAUGGACAGAUGUUGCCUAUCGAAAGCGGCCACCAACGGAGGAGAAAACCCCGAUUGCUACAAUGGCUCUUACCUCCUCUCAGCAGAGCGAGAUGGCUUUUCGCUUCAUCGACCCCGCACCAUUGAUGGUAGUUGGUGCCCAAAGGCAGAUGAUCAACGGUCGACCCCUGAUGAGAAGGGUGGUGGUCGGUCAUGUCACGGAGCAGAACAACGACCUGGACAUUGCCAUUCUGAAUCCUUUGCCUCAAGGUCCAAUCAACUUUCUGGACAUCCGUAGCAUUCUGGAAGAUUUUCUGCACAAUCAUGUGAAUGUAGGUUAUCGGGGAAUGCAGCCCUGCCCUCAUGGACAAGCUUUCAUCCGCUUCAACUACUUGCUUGAAAGAGACCUUCUCAUUCAGAAUAGCCCUCAUCAGUACGAGGGUACUAACUUUGAGUCCCAUAGUUGGACUGUGCAAUGUGAGGUUCUUCACACUCAGAUGUUGGGUCAGGCACCACAGGAUGAAGAUCUGCCUCCUGAUGAUGAUGAUUUCGACCCCAAUGCCUUCUUCUACCAUGGUUUUGGUCAAUUUGAGGCUCCACUUGAAGCACCAGUGGUUGAAGCACCAGAGCCUGACCCCCUACCUGCUGUGGAAGAAGUUUUGCAAGCCCAACCUCAGAACAUUGAGCCAAUUGAAGAAGCCAAUGUUGAUCAGGGAGAAGUUCUUGCCAUGGAUGAUGUGACUGAUUCUGAUGAUGAAUUUCUUCAGCCUCCUGCUCCUCUUGUUCAAUCUGAAGUACAAGUGAACAUCUCGGUUGUUCAGAACCCACAGGCCUGGAUUGUGGAUGAAGUGCCUCUAGAAGACCUGUUGGGCUUCAUGGAGACAUUUAUUCCACCAGUGGACCCAUCUCAGCUUAUGGCCUCUUCAUCCAAAGGCCCAAGUGCAGCUGCUGUUAGGUGUUGGGCCAAAUACUUCUCCCCAAUUGACAGGUCCAAGCCAACUGUUACAAUCCCAACUGAAUGGAUGGACUUUUUCUCCCUAUUGCUCCUAAAGCCUGGUUCCUUUGAAUGGGCCAAAGACUUCCUGACAUCUCCAGCUUGGGCUGCUCUUUCCAAGAUGUCCACUGGUAACUCCUACCUCUUUUUUCUCCCUAAGUCUUCUCCUUCUGUUGUUAUCUCUGAUUACUCAUGCUCUGAACCCCCUGAGCCUUUCUGUCUUGAUAUAGAGGAGAUUGAUGAGGCAGAUGGCAGUGAGAAAGAACCUGCUGAAGAAUCUGCUACUGCAGAAAAGGAAAACAGGCUAGCUGGCAAGCAACCCAUGAACACUACCCAGACUGAGCAAGGGGUUGUGACUCCCCCACCUUCCACUAUAGCUGUUUCAACCCCGAGAGCCAAGCGUGUCAGAGACUUGGGUGCCUCCUUCUGCAAGCUUGAUCCUGUUUCGCUGACUGAAGAGAGUCUGAAUGCCAAGCCACCAAAGAAGAAGCCUGUAAGCAAGCCCAAAGCCAAGAAGGCCAAGAAGGCCAAGAAGGAUGGGGCAGAUGCUGAUGGAGCUAGACCUUCCAACACCAAGAAGAAAUGA